AUGAGCAACGUGCCUCCAAAGACCAGGACUCCGCGCUUGCCUCUGUCUGGUCCACACUGCUCAGUUUUGGAGACAGGCACAGAAUCGGAUGGUUCUGUCAGAAUGACUGCAGAAGAUUCAGCUGCUGCUUCAGCCAUGAGCAAUAACGCUGCCUUGUCCAAACCCUCCAAAUCUUCGAGCACAUCUCACAACAUGCUCCAAGGACAGAUGAAUGUUCCUGAAAGUGUUGCUGGUGCACCUAACGAAGCCACUUUGUUAGCACUGAUGGAGCGCACUGGAUACCACAUGGUCCAAGAAAAUGGACAGCGUAAAUAUGGCCCUCCUCCAGGCUGGAAUGGUCCUGCUCCACAACGAGGUUGUGAGAUUUUUGUGGGAAAGAUUCCACGAGACGUUUAUGAAGACGAGUUAGUUCCAGUGUUUGAGUCAGUGGGCCGCAUAUAUGAGAUGCGUCUGAUGAUGGAUUUUGACGGAAAAAACCGUGGCUAUGCAUUUGUGAUGUACACAGAAAAACAUGAGGCCAAGCGUGCUGUACGGGAGCUAAAUAACUAUGAAGUGAGGCCAGGAAGGCUACUUGGCGUCUGCUCCUCAGUGGACAACUGCCGACUUUUCAUCGGCGGUAUACCCAAGACCAAAAAGCGCGAGGAGAUAAUGGAAGAGGUCUCCAAGGUGACAGAGGGUGUUCUGGAUGUCAUAGUUUAUGCUAGUGCUGCAGACAAGAUGAAAAACCGUGGCUUUGCCUUUGUUGAAUAUGAAUCCCAUCGGGCAGCAGCCAUGGCUCGCAGAAAGCUGAUGCCUGGACGCAUUCAGCUGUGGGGCCAUCAGAUCGCAGUGGACUGGGCGGAGCCUGAGAUUGACGUGGAUGAGGACGUCAUGGAGACUGUGAAGAUUCUCUAUGUCAGGAAUCUGAUGAUGGAGACUAGUGAGGAGAUAAUAAGACAGGUGUUUAGUCAGUGGAAUCCUGGGUGUGUGGAGCGUGUGAAAAAAAUCCGUGACUAUGCUUUUGUCCAUUUUACCUCACGGGAUGAUGCCGUCCUGGCGAUGGAUCACCUUAACGGCACAGAGGUGGAGGGGUCAUGCAUUGAAGUGACACUCGCAAAGCCGGUGGAUAAGGAGCAGCACUCACGACAGAAAGCUUCUAAGGGCGCAUCUACCACCCCUGAGGCAGCCCCCCAGAGCUAUGUGUACCAGUGUGACCCCUACACGCUGGCCUACUAUGGCUACCCCUACAGCACUCUGAUUGGACCUAACAGGGACUACUUUGUCAAAGGAUUCCCACUGAUACAAAACAAUGCAGGUACUGUGCGAGGGCGUGGGCGUGCCACGUCAGGUAACCGUACCCCUGGACCACGGGGCUCAUACCUGGGGGGUUACUCUGCUGGUCGUGGCAUCUACAGCCGCUACCAUGAGGGCAAGACCAAGCAGACCGAAAAGCCCUAUGAGCUGGUGCCCACUCUGGAGCUCGCAGCCUCUGUCAACCCAGUUGGCAUCAAGCCUGGCACAAUGGCAUUGCAGACUCUUGGUGGACAGUACCCCGUCUUCAGCGCAGCCCCUGCAGCUAAACUGAUGGAGGAGGGAAAGGUGCACUCUGUGGAGCACCUGAUCAACCCUCUGACGAUGCAGCACACGGAGCACAGCAGCACUCCUGCAACCGCCACAGUGCUGCCCUCUGUCUCCACCCCUCCGCCAUUUCAGGGUCGUCCAAUCACACCUGUGUAUGCCAUGGCACACAAUGUGCAGCGUAUUCCAACGGCCAGCAGUCUCUACGGAGCUGGGUAUGUGCCCAUCACAAACUAUGCCAACACGGCUGCUCUGGCUGCGCUGCAGAAGAACGCUGCGGUGGCAGCUGCCGCGUAUGGAGGAUAUGCGGGUUACGCCGUGCCCCAGGCCUUCCCAGCCGCUACCUUCCAGUUGCCUCUUCAUGAUGUUUAUCAUACAUAUUGA